UUUCAAUGCAAAAUCAUGACCAAAACAAAUCUAUUGAUACAAACGAAAUUCUGAAGAGUUUCUGCAGGUACUGAUUAUUUCUAUUUCAGAAUCAGCACCAUGUCGAGACUCAUCCUGCUGUUAUCCUGUGCAGUGACUGGGCUUUUAGCCGCCUGUCCUGCCGGAUAUAGACCGAUGACGCCCACCAUGUGCUACAAAACCAUAAAAACCGCCACCAGUUCCAGAAUUGACGUAGUUGUGAUCUGUCCUGAUGGAUACACAAAGACUGAGAAUCCCAAGAUGUGCUUCAAACUGAGUGAUUUUGCGGAUGCAAGAAGCUACCAAUCUGCUGUGGAUGCAUGUCGGAAGACACGUGGCCGUCUCAUCGAUCUGGACACUCCCGAGAAGUAUGGACUCAUUGCUGGGUAUAUGACUGCUUUGGGACCCAAAGGAGGAGACGCACAAAGAAACACUGCAUACCGUGUGUGGACUGGUCUGAAACGAAGCUCAAAAACUGGGUUUAAAUGGAACACGGGAUCCACAAAGGUCCCCGCUUGGGGGAAGGGGGAGCCAGACAACAGUCGCGGUGAAGACUGUGGUCAGCUGGACAGCUGGGGGCUCAGUGACCUCUACUGCCACCUUCGACGCCGGUACAUCUGUGAGAUCCCCUUGUAACAGCCACCAUAACAACUAACCGCAUGUGU